AUGAGCCGUCACUACAGCACCCAGCCUCUUUUGGCCCCUGAGCAGGGAGGGUACGACUAUUCCGGGUACGACGAAUACUCGCACGGCUACGAGGAGAGCCAGGGCGGAUACGGGGAGCCCUCUGGUAGCGGCGGGCAGGGUCAGUCGAGCGCGCCGGCCAAGCCCAAGAGGAGCAAGAGCAAGAAGAAGAGCAAGAAGGAGGCCAAGCCGCCGCCCGGAAAGAGCCGAAGCGGCUACAACUAA